AUGUCAACAACACGCCGCGUUCGAGAUAUCCUAGACGCAACAAGAGACCACAUAUCCAUCAUGUCAGGAAGAUACCGCAUCUCGCCUAUUGACUUCGACCAGCUCUAUGAGCUGUACCAAGAAGACACCUCUGCCAAGGGACUCUAUGAGUUCAUUGUCGACCACCCAAUCACCCAUAGCAUAGCGGGUAGACUUAACGCAAGGCCUAUUGAUGUGCUCGCAACUAUGGUUGGCAAGACAGUAGACACCUGUCAAGAAGAGUUGGAGGCUGAGAAAAAACUAUACCAAGCGGCCGCAGAGAGAGCUGCAGCGAAAGCAAAGGACAAGAAACCAGAGGGUCUGGAAGCCAUCAAGGAAGGGGAGAAGCCGCAAAACAACGAAGAUGGCAAUCUAAAAAAGUGA